AUGGGAGAUGAGGCUCAAAGCUUGGUCGAUCAAACCGAGGGUCUCACUUUACAAGACACUGAUCCCUACAUUCGGACGGAUGGUGUGGCGGCAAUCAAGAAGGAGUUUUUGUUAGAUGAACCGCACGCUGAGGAGCCGGUGGAGAACGUGAAGAAGGAGAAAAAGGAGAAGAAGGCAAAGGGGAUGAACAAGGAUCGUCUGAAAGAAAUGGCCCGGAUGACGACAAACGUGAGAGCAGCCAGCGCUCGGCUUUGUCCAAGCGUCUAUAUGCCGAAUGUCAAGUGCAAGCAUGGUGAGAAAUGCACGAGCGAGCACGACAUCGGCACGUUUCUGGCGAGAAAAGAAGCCGAUUUGGGUGACGUCUGCCCGGUGUACGAGCAACGCGGCCAUUGUCCAUUCAGCUAUGCAUGCCGUUACGGCAACGCUCACCUUACCGAAGAUGGGAAGCAAGCCCAAAAAGAGCCAGCCAAGCCGUACGUGGAAACUAGGAACGCAAAGAACAUGCACAUCCAGAUGGCAAUGCGCAAGCGGAAGUACGAUUUUAGUCGGAGUAUUCAGUUCCUCGAGACGUUGCCGGAUUGCUACCACAAGCGGAAGGGGGCUCGCGCUUCCGCGCCCAAAGCUAAGGACUUUGUGGCGAAUGACUCAGAAAAUAAACCUGUUGCCCCAGCUGAAGAGGAUGAGCAAGAUGUUGCCGAUCAAGAGCCAGAACAGAAGGUCGGGUCGAUGGAACGCGAGAAGCGCCGCAUCACGAUGAAGGAAUUGGCCGGCAAGAAAUAUGUGGCACCUUUGACCACCGUGGGUAAUCUCCCGUUUCGCCGCAUCUGCGUCGACCUGGGGGCUGAUGUGACGUGCAGCGAGAUGGCGUUGGCAACUAGUAUUUUAGGAGGCGUUCCGUCUGAAUUCUCUCUGGUGAAGCGUCACGCUUCCGAGAAGAUCUUUGGCGUGCAGCUGGCCGGGGGCUUUGCCGACACCAUGGCGAUGACCGCCCAGAUCAUCGUCGAUGAAUUUGAUGUCGAUUUCAUCGAUAUCAACAUGGGCUGCCCGAUCGACGUGGUCAACCAGAAGGGCGGCGGGUGCUCGUUGCCCACGCGGCCUACCAAGCUCUAUGACGUGAUGCGCGGGAUGCGCAGCGUGAUGAAGGACGUGCCGCUGACGAUUAAGCUACGCACCGGGAUGAAAGAAGGCGUAUUGACGGCAGACGAGACCCUAGCUGGAUUAAUCGCAGCUGGCUGUACCCCAGACUUGGUCACCUUCCACCCGAGAAGCAAAGAACAGCGCUAUUCCAAGCUGGCCAAGUGGGAGUUUGUCGAGCCGUGCGUCAAGGCGGUGCCCGAUGUUCCGUUUUGGGUUUGCGGCGACGUGCUCAGCUGGGAGGACUAUUAUCAGCGCCUCGAGAACAAUCCGAUUGACGGGGUGAUGAUUGGGCGCGGGAUUCUGAUCAAGCCGUGGCUGUUGACGGAAAUUGACGAGCGUCGACAUUGGGACAUUACCGCUACCGAACGACUGGACAUAAUUAAGAACUUUGUCUGGUACGGGCUCGACCAUUGGGGCAGCGACUCGGCGGGCGUCGAGAAGACGCGACGUUUUCUGUUGGAGUGGUUGUCCUUUGCUUGCAGGUAUAUCCCAGUGGGCCUAUUAGAGCAUCCGCCACAGCAUAUCAACCAACGGCCUCCAUAUUACAAGGGUCGCAACGAGCUGGAGACGCUCCUCUCAUCGCCAAGGGCUUCCGACUGGGUGGCGAUCACGGAAAUGUUCCUCGGCCCAUGCCCCGAAGGCUUCGACUUCAUCCCAAAGCACAAAGCCAGUGCUUAC